CCACACCGUUCCAAUAAACAUCUUCUAAGCGUUAAGUUCGGUCAGCUGUUUUACAUUAGUUUGCUUAAACCCAAUUAAACAAAAACAUACAAAUAUAAGCAGCACCAAGGCACUUAGCACUUUUGUUGAAUCGAUCCACUUAAAGUAGGAGUUCAGCCCUGGGCAUGAAGACAAGGAACAUAGAAAUUUUGGACUUUUAACUCAAAUUAGACGAGCAGUGCUUUGAGCAAUUUUAGCAAUGCCAAUUAUUUAGAGCAAAUACAUCUACAUAUGUUUUCCCUUAAUUGCUGAAAGGUGUUGUUGAGCUCAAAAACUCAACUCAUUUCAAUUAAACGUUGCGCUUCAAAAACUAGUGUUUACUUUAAUUUGUAGCAGAAUUAGAAUACACCUUUUAUGUUGGAAGCUCAAUCGCUUUAUACUCCUGAACGCAAAUAACUCGACUUUCAAAUGGAGGUGACAGCAUGUUAUCGAUAACCGAUUUCAGAGUUGCAUGGGCUUCGUGUGAGUUUUGAAUCGCUGUUUGAAAAUUUGUGUAUUUCCUGCAUUAAAUGCUAUUCAAGGGGCUCUAAAAAGCAAGUGCGAUCCACGAUAGACAACUUACGAACUACAUGCCAAGCCCUCAACGAUGCGGGGCUGAAUUUUGUGAAUGUAAUGAGCGGCAAGAGGUUGCCUAAUUUUUGGCGGGAAGUCGAGGCCUCGGGAGUGCCAUCGUCAUCUCUAAUGGCAACUGAAACAUAGCAGACAUAGAACGAAUUUUAACAAAACAAAUAGGUUUAUCUCCCCUUUGAGAAGGCUGCCUGACAUUUUGACAUCCCAACGAAAAUUCCCAGUAGCAAAACACCAAUGGAUGCAACGUGGGCAAUGGAGCAGCUGCUGGCUGCAGUUGAGCUGAGCCGUAGCCAGAGCGAGGCCACCACACCAACGGCCACGACCACCAUAUCGAUCUGGAGCGCCCCCACUCAGGGCAGUGGCUUCACUUCCAUGGACCCUGUCUCCUUUCGGUUCCGCUUGGACGGGCAGCCCAUACUGCCACCGCUGAUGACGAGCGCUAAGAGGCACGAGGCGCAGCUGGCCCGCCAGAUGGCUGAAAGGCUGGAGGAGCAGUACCGCCUGGCCAGAAACUCGGCGGGUUCCGACAUGGCCAGUCGCAGAAGUCUGUCGCAGCUGCAGCAGACGCCCACGUUCAUCUAUGACAGCACACGGGACCAGGCUCGACCUCAGACUCUGGUCUUGGGCAUACAGCUGCCCGCCAUACAGGUGGAUCCGCCCACGCCGCAGCCGUUUGAGGAGCCAAUAGACAACACUUCCCCCAGACGGCAUAAUCGCAUUACCGACCGUAUCCUGCAGUUCGAGCAGUCGGGAGUGGGCAAGCUGCUGCCCAAAAUUCCAGACAAGAAGAUCCUGGGCCCAAGUCCUGCGAUAGCCGAGGAUCAGCGGAAGCAGCAUCAGGAUACAAGGGCAAAGGAGCUCGGCAGUCCACUGGCAGCACCAGCUAGCUUUCAGCGCUCGAGAAGUUUCACCGUGGAGGAGCCCUCCCAGGGUCUCGUAGAGCACAUGCAGAGGGAGGCCCUGGCCAUCAAGCCCAGCCAGAGUUUGGCCAACUUCCAGAAGCAGACCAUCGAGUCUCAGGCGAAGCGGGUGAACCGUAGUGCUAGGAGCAUCUGCAGCAACAACAGCAACAAUAGUUACACUAGCUCCGCAACCAAGGCCACCAUCGGGACUAACAGCACAGCCGCAGGCAGCAGCUGCUCCAGGCGGGAUUGCGAGGUGGAGCGCAUAAUAGAACGGGCGCUGGACGAGCAUGGCGCCUUGGAAGCCAGUCGGAAGGCCAGAGUGCGCACCUAUCUGCGUGGGCAUCGGGAGCGGAUGAAGCAAUUGGUCAUCUAUCAGGAGGAGGAACGUCGUCGCAUGCAGUCCCAUUUUGAUGAUCAGCAGCGGCAGCUCAUAGAGGAACUGUGUGCUGAAAUCGACGUUUCCUCGGGCACCGAAAAUACUGACGGUCUGAUGUCGCAAAGCACCAGCACGGGAGACCUGCAGCGUUACUCAUUCACGCCUAAGAUAUCCUCCUUCCAGGAUGCGGAUGACUUUCUGACAAUGGAGGAGGACAGGCGGCAAAUGGCGGCUUCUUCUUCCGCUCGGAAGAGGCUCUUCAGUCCGAAACUAUCACACGGCUACGACUCGGAACCGCAGGCGCUAGGGGAGAUUAGUGCUCCCAGCACACCGCGAUCAUUGCCUCUCAGGAACAGCAGCCAAACCAAUAGCAGACGAAGUGGCCAAGUUGUCCGGCGACGAUCGCAAACUGUGGGCAGUAGUCCCAGGAAAACAAUCACCGUUGCAGACCGCGAGGUGAAGAAAUCACCAGCGAAGCCUGGAGGUGGAACAGGACGACCAAAGAGCUCCCCGGGAAAAAAUAUCUCCUCCAUAGCGAAAAGGGGAAACGCACCACCGAAAAGCGUCUCACCGCCCAAGCGACUGGGCAAUAAACCUGUCGAGCUGGAGCAGGAAGAGCGCCAGUGGGCAGCCACACGUAUAAACGCCGCUGCGCGAGGAUUCUUGGUCCGCCGGCUUUUUGCAACCGAGCAAGUGCAGCGAAUUGUCCAAACCAUUAGGGACACUCUGAUCUUCGUGUUGAACCUGCACCUGGAAACUUGUGGACAUGGCCUGGCUGCAGAGGAGCCUGCAAACUUGCGCCUCAAGGCGCGACUGCUCCAACAGCUCUGCUCCGCCAGUCGCACCCUGCACCUGAUCUUCUUCCAGACCAACAUAAAGGACCGCAUGGAUAUCAUCGCUCGGGAUCGCAAGCGGAUCAAGGCCAAGCUGCUCCUCAAACAUCGCUGAUCCGAUUCGGAUUUCGUAGAACAGCUGAUUGGCAAAAGCACGCGCAGUUUUUUGCCGCCAAGCUUUCGAAGACUGCUCAGCAUUGUAGAUGGAUUCGCCUUGAAAGCUGCGGCGGAUUGCCAAAACAAACGGAACUUUUGAAGCGAGUGGACGUGUGUUCGUGUGUAGGCUGUGAAAGAAAACAACAACUGCAGAAAAAGAAUCAAAAGCGAGAGAAAACUAAUUUAAUAACCAUUAAUUACUAUUGAGCACCUAACCCACAGCAACUGACCAGCUCCCCUCCCACCCUGCCACUCCCCCAGCUGCUCGCGUGCCUCCCCUGCCCAGUUCCACUUUUCCGCCGGCGGCGAAUUCAGCACGACUCACCAAAUUAAGAUAAUAAUAAUACAAAUAAUAAAACCAGACCAAAAACAGAUUUCGUAACUCGUAAAUCGAAGAACAGUGGGA